AUGAUAUUAAAUGCAUGGCUAAUGCGUUCGAUUGCUGGCCAGAACGGUGCCGUCCCACCCCCUGGUUCGGAGGGGUCCCAGCUUGAUCAGUCUAGGCCGUCGCCUCCAGGUCCGGGCGGGCGGCCCGUGGCUGAAAAUGCCGGCUUGCCGAAAGAGGGCUGGGACUUGCACAUUGCAUGCAAGCUUGGCGCAGGGGAGCUGAACUGGUGCAACGUCGUGCAGAGCACGGCACAUGGCGGUCCUGUUAGUCGAGAUAAGACCCAGGCAUCCUCCUUGUUCUUUGAAACCGUCCUCGGCCAACUCCGGAAAAUCUCCAUCAUCGCCAUGUGGUUCACCCGUGUUUUGCUCGCCGUCUCGUCCGCCGCGGCCGCGCUCGGCUGCACGCUCCCGACAGACACGCCGAGCACCAACAUCCCGCAGGGCUUCGCCAUCCAGGUCCAGAACGCGUCGUACCCCGUCAUCCACAACCGGCUCAUCAACCAGUGGAGCGCCGGCGGCGGCGACCAGCACCUGUAUCUCAGCCCGGCCGGCAACGCGACGGGCGCCACGCUGACCCUCGUCGGCGGCGUCAUCACGCAGCCCAACGGCGGCAAGGUGAUCCGGGCCGUCAUCAACGGCGAGUACACCGCGUUUGAUAAUACCACCAAAAUGUUCAUGACGGAGCGCGGCGAUCCUCGCGGCAUCUUCGACGUCAGGUACGGCUGCAACCCGGACACGGACAAGGUCCAGACGGAGCUCGUCUUCAAGGAGCGGUCUGGGGUUACCGGCGGCCACUUGUGUUUCAGACUGGCGGCGGGAAACAGACACGAGUGCCGGUACUCGCCCCCGGGAAACACUUUGGUCGACCUGCCCAACCAGCUAUGCAUCAAGGUGACACUGGUGGUUGUUCGAACCUAG